AUGCCUGUGCGCCAGUGUGUGAAGAAGACUCCAGUCAUCCCUGAGCACUACUGGACUAGAAUGGAGGAGGAAGAGGAGGCUCACAGUCUGGUCUGCACCAUCGACCGGUCCCUCGAUGACUGCAUUAAGUUGCUGCAGGAGGGUUGCCCCUCCGAACAGGUGAUGGAGGUACUGUCUCGAGUGCCCAUAGCAAAGAAGUUUGCAAAGUACUGGAUCUGCCAGGCACGACUCAUGGAGCGUUCCGGGAACCUGGAGGUGCUCCCGUUAUUUGAAGAAGCUGUACGAGUGGUAUUGGAGCCAGUGGAUGACCUGCGGGCAGUGGUGUUUGAGAUAAUGAAGAAAAAGGAAACGGCGCUAGGUGCUGUGGGAAAGGAGGACAGUCUGGGUCAAGAGGCCCAGGAGACGGCUUUAUCUACCACCCCCGUAGCCAUGAGUGCUAUGAUCCGUGGGGAGAAGGAGGGCUCAUCUGUAGUGAAGUACAAGAUCACAGCCACUCCAGGGGGCUGGUGGAGCCAACAGGAGUCCAUGAAACUGGACGGCCAGGAGCUGCGCUUCUUCACUCCAGUGAGGCGCUCUGUGAGAAUCGGGAGGUCUGCCACUCGAUAUCCAGCUGCACUGCAGGAGCACGACCCUUGUGUGGCCUCCUUCCGGGACCUGCUGGCUGAAGAGGAGAGAGAGGCUGGCGCCGACCCAAACCAGAAUUCCCCCCUCUACAUCUACAGAGCGAAUGAGGCUCUGAAGGACCAGGUCCACAUCCAGCUUUUUUAG